AUGACAAAAUCAACUGCAACCUGCCCCCUCUUCCUUUUCCCGUUCCUCUGUCUCCUCUUCUUGCUUCCAUUUCAGGCCUCGCCAUCACCGACCACAGAGGCGCAAGCUCUUGUCAAAUGGAAGAACUCCCUCUCGCCUCCUCCACCUCCACCUUCCCUGAGCUCAUGGUCCCUCACCAACAUCCCCCAUCUCUGCAACUGGACUGGCAUUGCCUGCAACGGGGGCGGGUUGGUCACAGGUAUCGGCCUCUCUGGCUCAAGCCUCAACGGCACGCUUGAUGCGCUCGACUUCACUUCGUUCCCGAACCUGACCCGCUUCGACGUCAGCAACAACAAUCUCAAGGGCCCAAUACCGUCCUCGAUCGGCAAUCUAUCCCAGCUCAGAUUCUUGGAGUUGGCGGUCAAUUUCUUCGAAGGGGCAAUUCCUCGCUCCAUUGGACAAUUGAUAAAGCUUGAAAAGCUUGAUUUGAGACUAAACAAGUUGACCUCUUCGAUCCCUUCGGAGUUCGGGCUCUGUUCUAACCUCACCUACUUAGCCCUUGCCAAGAAUUCGAUCUCUGGGGAGCUGCCUCUCUCACUGUCCAAUCUAGUCAGAUUGUCAUUAUUUAGAGCUUCGCAUAAUCGCCUGUCGGGUGAGUUACUGCCUGACUUCUUCACAAAUUGGACCGAACUUGUUUCUCUGAAGCUCCAGAGCAAUUUCAUCUCCGGGCAAAUUCCGCCCGAAAUUGGAAGUCUGACCAAGCUCAAUCACCUCUCCAUGUACAAUAAUUCGCUCUCGGGACUAUUCCUCCGGAGCUUCACCGGAGAGCUGCCGCCUGAUUUAUGCAGUGGCUUUGCUCUUCGAUAUCUCAUGAUCAAGGGAACAAAUUCACUGGGCCGCUGCCUGACUAUAAAUGGGAACAAAAUUGCCGGCUGCAUCCCACCGGAGCUUGGCAAGUUGUCUCAGUUGCGUGCCCUGACUUUUUACAGCAAUGACUUGACCGGGAAAAUUCCCCGACGAGAUGGGAAAUCUAGGGAGUUGUUGAGCCUGAACUUGAGCAACAAUCAUUUGGCCGGAGAUAUUCCCAUCUCGUUAGGAAAUUUAUCGAAGCUAAAUUAUCUUGAUUUGUCGAAGAAUGCACUAAGCGGUAGCAUACCGGAUGAGCUAGCGAAUUGCAAGAAUUUACUAAGCUUGAACUUGAGCAACAACAAUCUGUCGGGUGUCAUACCGCCGGAGCUCGGGAACUUGUUCGCACUACAGAUUCUCCUAGAUCUGAGCCACAAUUCACUAGCAGGAUCAAUUCUGUCCAAUUUGGCAAAGCUUACUAAAUUGGAAAAUCUCAAUCUUUCACAUAACAACUUCUCGGGUACAAUCCCAACGGUUCUCAGCAGCAUGAGCAGUUUAGGCUCUAUAGACUUAUCGGACAACAAGCUAAUGGGUGCAGUUCCUAGUGGUCGCCUCUUCCAACAAGCACCGGAAAGUGCUUUUAUCGGGAAUCCGGGCUUGUGUGGAAACGUGACAGGAUUAUCUCCUUGUGGGACGAGCAAUAAAUCGACCGACCAAAGAAAAAGGUUCUGGUUGGUGUGA